GACGUAUUGCAUCUAAUUUCACAUCAUAACGUAAUGUUGACACGUAUUGCAAGACUUUCUGUAACACUGUUUCUGUUGGCGCUGCUCAGCUUAUACUCUCCAGCCUCUGACUCUGCUGGUGAUCAAGAUGAAUUAGUCAGUAAACCGAUAUCCAUAUUAACGCCAAGGAACCCAUGUCUUUGGUUCAACCUCUCCGUACCCUUCUCAGUAGGAGCAAUGUGACACCUUCAAGGCCCAGGAGGCGUAUGACAGGGUGAGAACAUACAGUUGGGAGAGACGGGUGGGCGUGAGCGACACACAAGAGAAGAGAAGUCACAUUUACUGCGGAGAUCGUUCGAACAGGGGAGGUUAUUUCUCAAGCUACAACCAUCGGACGUUCCUCGGCGUGGCAAAGCGGUGGCCAUCGCUGAGUGAAUUGCAUUUCUGCAGAAAGGAUCCAGAAGUGGCAAUCAGUGACAAUCUCUGCAUGACAAGAAGAAACCGGGAAGGAGACGCAUCGCAAACCUGCUAACAAGGUCAGAGAAGACCGGAGCUCAACUCGCCUUUCUGCAGCCGCAAGAAAAAAACAUAGAUGUAGCUUAAAACUAUUGUGCAUUGAAGCUACUAGCAGAUACAUUAUACUGUACUGAGUCAGGAGGAGGAGUGCCGAUUGGAUUGAAGAAUUUCAUGGUUGGGUUUCACAGUGUGGACUCUGUGGAAUGCUAGAGGGGCCAGCUGUCGUUUCAUUCAUAUACUUUACGCAUGGAUGCCGAGCACUAGCAGCUAACAACAGUGGACUGUUUUUACAACAUAGCCAGCAAUCUUUGGAUUUCCAGAUCUGAGUGAAUCUUCCAUAAAUGCACCAAUGGAUCCGCUCUUGAAAAAUAUAAUUCAGUUCGUAUAGACUGAUUGAUUCCAACCAGGACUACUUAAGAUGCUGAAUUGUUCCGUUAAGCACCAACUAGUGUGUUUAAAUGCAUUCUAGACAGGAUUACAGCGGAUGCUAUUAAGUCUGAGUUGGAUUAUCGACACACAAACACUCGGCUGCAUUUAGAGCCAGCAGCAGCAGCAGUCCAGUUCCAUACGGAAAUAUUAAGUUAAGUUGUCAGAGGUUUUGGUUCUGGGUCCAAGAUGUUCCUCAACACGGUGCUGGUGGUCCUGACGGACCUGGCGGCCCGGUUCAUGGGUAACACAGUUUUCCGGAAGCACUUCCACCUGUUGCUGUCGGUGGUGGUGAUGUUCGGCCCGGCGCUGAGCCUCUGGGUCUCGCAGCACAGCGUCUUCGCCAAGAGAAGCCACUUCCUCUACAGGAUGUUCUUGCGCUCUGGUUGGGGCUGGACCUGCGUCUUUGUCGGCUCCUUCGUCUUCCUCCUCUCCUUCUCCAUCCGUCGCUCCCUCUCCCUCUCCAUCCGUCACCUCUCCCGGCUCGGGGUGGCCGGCGGCUUGUGGCUCGGUUUCUGUAAACUCCUGGACAUUCUGGAGAACGCCACCGGAAGCUGCUACGAACCUUUACUCAGCGGCCCGGAGGUCACCAACGGGCAGCCUCUGUUGGUGUUGCGAGAAGGGGAGACCAAGUACGGGUGCCUCAGGAACGGGAUGCUGUGGAGGGGGUAUGAAGUUUCAGAAGACGUCUUCCUCCUCUGUCUGUGCUGCCUGCUGCUGGCCGAGGAAACGGCGGUGUUCGGCCCUUAUCUGAGCCUGGGGGGGAUCUCGGACGCCCCUCUGAGGAUCCUCUUCCUGUUCUGUGUCCUCCUGCUCUGGCUCUGGAUCUUUCUGCUGCUCUGUCUCUUAGCUUACUUCCCUGCGUUCCCCACUCAGCUGCUAGGGGGCGCUCUGGGGUGUCUGAGCUGGAGGGGACUGUACCAGGGAUGGUAUCGCCUCGGGCCCAGCUGGUACUGCCCCGGGAGGCCUGGACUGGGACUGCUCAACACCAAGAACAACGGUAUUGAAGCAGAGGACGCACAACUGAGCCAUGAUCACUGCAAUUAACUGGAAAAAAAGAUUUUAACACUGAAACAAAGAUGAAUUGAAUCAUGAGCUCUAGGUGGUUGCUUGGAAAUGACUGAGACGACCUGUCCAUUUGUGUUUGUUGUCCUCUUUUAACAGUAAGACAAAAAACUCCUGUUGAAACUGGAACAAAUGAAUGGAUGAAGUGGGCUUCAACAAAUGUAUCUGUAUAUCUCUAUAUGCAUCAUCAUUCAUACCAAUGCAUCAAAUACAUGCUGUAAUUACCAAAACGCUUGUGACAUCCUAACAAGUCUCACAGUAGAUGACGGGAGAGUCUCCACAAGACAGGAAUUCAGGACGAGACAAUUGCCAUUUAGAUACAAGAUGGAAAUGUUUUGAGAAACCCAGACUUUACUGAACCACAGCUUGUUUGCAAUGCAGAGAAAAAAAUACAUUAUGAAAUGUUUUUGAUGGAUAUGUGACAUGCUAAUCAACAACUAAAUCAAUUCAAUACUGUAUUGACACGUUGCCCGUUGACACGAUGGACUAGUAGUAUGGUUGACAGAUGCUAUCAAACAUCCAUGUGUUUCUCUAUCAGUGUCUUAUUUUGCAGGAGUAACAUGUUUGAUUAAAAAAAAAAGCAUCUGAAGAGAGAAGUAAAGACAUCGGUUGAGUUCGGUUACACUUUUUCUCUCCGUUGUUCAGAUGCAUUGCUGUCACUUGUGUUCGAAGACCGAAAAUGCAUUUGCAAGAUUAAAGGAAUAUUUCACCCA